CGCGACACUUGCGCAUCGGAAUUUUUCCCUCGCGUCUCCCGCAGGCUUGCUCUUAGCAAUGGCGGCUCCUCGCUCCGCCAUCCUGACCGCGGCCGUCGUGCUCGCCUGCACCAGCCUGAUGGCCGCUUUCGUGCCCUCGCCGGUCGCGUCGCGCCCGACAGCGCAGUCGCUGCCGACGGCGGCGCUCAGCGCGGUGGCGCUCGCGGCGCCCACCGCCGCCCACGCGGAGGGCUCGAGCGUGUGGAUCCCGGCCCUGUCCGCCGUCGGCGCCGGCUUCGCCAUCGGGCUGGCCGCCAUCGGGUCCGGAGUGGGCCAGGGCAUCGCCUCUGGCCGCUGCAUCGACGGCAUCAGCCGCCAGCCGGAGGUUGCCGACGACCUGCGCGGCGUGCUCCUCCUGUCCCUCGCCUUCAUGGAGUCGCUGACGAUCUACGGGCUCGUCAUUGCGCUGGUGCUGCUCUUUCGCACCCGCUCAUCAAGUAGGUGGGGGAGGGCAUCACGUGACGAGGAGGAAGGCCGUGUGAGGGUAGGGCCAUUUGAAAAGAGACUCGGUUCCUCCUGCUCUGCGGCUCUCCGGCCCGCGGUGCCGCAUCCAAGCCUUCGCAUUGACGCCUCGAUAGCCCACCCGCACAUGAACGUGCUGUUUCGCUAUCGGGGGCCUUUCGCCGAUCUCUCGGCGAUGUAUCGCCGAGUCCAGCUCGAUGUUUCCCCCCCCUGUGCCGGAUCCCUGGUGCUUUUCGGUUCGUAA